UCAUGAACUGAUUCUCAUGCAGAGCAAAUUUCCCGUCGCUAAGUGAAACUGGCUCCUGUGGCUGAAUUUAAAAUACAAAUCUGCCGUGCGCAACAGAGCCAAUUUUGGUGUACUUGGGGCUUAAUAAAAGAGAAGUAAGAGAGGGACGAGACAGGUAAUGAGAAUGGAGUUGGUGGCGGAGGAGGGGGGGGGGGGAGGAAGGCAGCGGAAAGAGCAAGUGAACGAGCGAGGUGAGUGAGUGAGCUAGAGCGUGAGGUAGAGCGAGGCGGCACACUGCAGAUCCUCGCCCACUGUCGCCUCUCUCCGCCAGCAGAGGAGACGACAGCGCAGGAGGGAGGACGCCAUGGGGGAGCCUCUCCGGAGUCUCCGACAGCAGCUCUCCCGCUGACCACCACCACUAUCCCCUCCUCCUUUCCAUCACUCCUUUGCAUGCCCUUCAACUCCUCCUGCCUCAAAGUGAGCCGCGCUCCACUUCUUCUCGGCUCUUUUUAGGACUACCGUGGUUUUUUUUUUUUUCUUCUGCAGUUGUUUUUCCUCAGCUGACCUCCCUCGAGCUGAGUGGAUUUACUUUUUUUUGUCCCUCUGUGUCGGGACCAUGGGGUGGCGGAGGGACAGCUGGCACCUCCUGGUGUCACUGCUGCUUCUCCUGGGCUGCGUUUUCCGGCGGGAUCUCGCCCAGACGGAUGACGGCGGGAAGUCCGUCUACUUCUGGGAAACAGGUCCUUGGGGGAGGUGCAUGGGCAGCGACUGCGGGCCGGGGGGCAGCCAGAGCCGGGCGGUUUGGUGCGCCCACGUGGAGGGCUGGACCACGCUGCACACCAACUGUGACCAGUCGCUGCGGCCAUCCAACCAAAGAAACUGUUUCAGAGUGUGCGACUGGCACAAAGACUUGUACGACUGGCGUCUGGGUCCCUGGAACCCGUGCGUGUCCGUGUCCUCCAGAACCUCGGGGGCUCCGCGCCCCUUCACCUGCAGCGGGGGCGAGGAGGGGAUCCAGACCCGAGAAGUGGACUGCGCCCUCAAGUCGGACGACUCCCCUGCGGAGGACGCCAUUUGCGAGUACUUUGAAACCAAACCCAGACUGGAGCAAGCCUGCCUGAUACCGUGUCCUCAGGACUGCAUUGUUUCCGACUACUCCCCAUGGACGUCCUGCUCAAAAACCUGCGGGACGGGCCUCCGCAACCGGGUCCGAAGCGUCCUGGUCCCGCCCCUUUUCGGAGGCUCCAUCUGUCCCAAUCUGACCGAGUUCCAGUCUUGCAAACUGGGGCCCUGUGCAGGACCGGAGGGCAUGUACAGCCUCAGGGUGGGCGCCUGGACACCUUGCGUCCUGCCUCAGACGCGGACGGCCCGCCAGGCCAAGCGACGCAAGGGGAAAGGCCAGGGAAGUGGAGGAGCCAAAGACCUCGAAACAAAGGAGCUGAUCCAGAAGAAACGGACCAGGAACCGGUUGAACCGGCAGGAGAGUUCCUCCUGGGAUGUACAGGUGGGAUACCAGACGCGAGAUGUCAACUGCGUUCACAGGAACAGCAGCUCAGUUCCACGCAACUUGUGCACACCGAGGGAGGCGCCUCUCAUCAUCCAGUCGUGCGUGCUGCCCAGAGACUGCCAAGUGGGCGACUGGAGCGACUGGUCGCCGUGCUCCAAGACCUGCUCGGACUCCAAGCUGCCCGGUGGCUGGCGAGAGCGCCGCAGACAAGUGCUGCAAUUCCCCACCGGCGAAGGGACCGAGUGCCCCACGCUAAGCGAGCGCGAGCCCUGCGAGCCUCAGGGGGAUGCUGUGAUGCCUUGUGCCAUCUAUGCCUGGAGGACCACCGAGUGGUCCGAUUGCCGGGUGGACUUGCUACUGGGCCAGCAGGAUCGCCGCCGCGCCAACCUGACCGGACUCUGCGGUGGGGGUCUACAGACCAGAGAGAUCUACUGCGUCCAAGCCAACGCCGAGCUCCUCAAGUACGUCAGUGACUUCCAAGAGAAAGAAAAAGCGGGUCAAACCCAAAGACAACAGAAGCCUAGUGUACCCCCACUCAUUUCUGUCUCCUUUCACAUCACAGCGGCUCGUCCGGUGGAAAACAGUCUGUGUGGCGGUUCCGUUCCCGAUCGCUCACAACUGUGCCAGUUGAGCUGUCCUGUCGAAUGCCAAGUGUCCCCCUGGGGUGCCUGGGGGCCGUGCACCUUUGAGACCUGCGACGACCCGUCGGCUAAAAAAGGGUUCAAACUCCGACGGCGCCGGAUAACAAACGAGCCCACGGGCGGCCCCUCCAACUGUCCGCACCUGGUGGAGGCGCUGCCCUGCGACCAGCCCAGCUGCUACGAUUGGCAACUGGUGGGCCUGGAGCGAUGCGUUCCCGUCGAGCAGAAGCCGUGCGGGCCCGGAAGGCAGCUCGCUCGGGUCCGCUGCAUCGACAGCAACGGAAAGCCGGUGGACGAGAGCCUGUGCUCAUCCACGCCGCCUCCGGAUCCCGUGGCCUGCCAGGUGCCUUGCUCCAGGGACUGCGUGCUGAGCGACUGGACGCCGUGGGCCACCUGCUCGCAGACCUGCUCCAGCAAGACCGUGGAGGGAAAGCAGAUGAGGACGCGCUCCAUUCUGGCUUACAACGCCGGCGAAGGUGGCGCCAUGUGCCCCAACAUCAGCUCGCUGCAGGAGGUCCGCAACUGCAACGAGCACGCCUGCACCGUGUACCACUGGCAAACGGGUCCAUGGGGGCCCUGCACCGAGGACCCCUCGUCCGCAUCCCUCAACGCCACCUCGGCGGGGGCGGGCUUUGAGACCUGCUCCAAGGGGCUCCAGACGAGAAAAGUCAUGUGCGUGCGUGUCAACGUGGGACAAGUGCCCCCCAAAAAGUGUCCGGACGCUCCUCGGCCCAGCACGGUGCGUCCUUGUCAGCUGCCCUGCAAGAAAGAUUGCAUCAUGACCCCUUUCAGCGAUUGGACAUCCUGCCCUAAUACCUGUGACGCAGCUGGUAACGCCGUGAAAACCAAACAAUACAGAAAGCGUCUGGUCAUCCAAGCGCCUUCCAACGGAGGUCAGGAAUGUCCCGAAGUGCUGGAGGAGGAGAAAGAAUGUCAGCCGCCGCAAACGUGUCCCGGCUUCAGGUGGAAGUCCCACAAGUGGAGAAAGUGCCAGCUGGUUCCGUGGUUCCUCAGGCAGGACCGACCCGGCGCUCAGGAGAAUUGCGGGCCAGGACUGCAAACGCGAGCCGUGUCGUGUCGGCAGCUAGACGGGAUGCAGGUGGACGUGAGCGAGUGUCUGCAGCUGGGCCGCACCAUGCCCGCCCUGACCCAGCGCUGCCAGCUGCCCUGUCAGGACGACUGCCAGCUCAGCAACUGGUCCAAGUUCUCGUCCUGCUCGGCCGACUGCGUGGGGGUGCGCACCCGGAAGAGGGCCUUAAUCGGGAGAAGCAAGAAGAAGGACAAAUGCAAGAACACGCAGAUGUACCCUCUGAGCGAGACGCAGUACUGCCCGUGCGACAAGUACAACGCCCAGCCGGUGGGCAACUGGUCCGACUGCAUCCUACCCGAGGGCGGCCGAGCCGAAAGCGCUUUGGGUCUCAAGGUGACCGGCGACGUCAAGGAGUGCGGACAAGGCUACCGAUAUCAGGCCAUGGUCUGCUACGACCAAGACGGACGCUUGGUGGAGACGGCGAGAUGCAACAGUCACGGUUACAUCGAGGAGGCGUGCAUCAUCCCCUGCCCGUCCGACUGCAAAUUGAGCGAGUGGUCCAACUGGUCACGCUGCAGUAAGUCGUGCGGCAGCGGCGUCAAAGUGCGCUCCAAGUGGCUUCGGGAGAAACCCUACAACGGGGGAAGACCCUGUCCCAAGCUGGACCACGUCAACCAGGCUCAGGUAUACGAGGUUGUGCCGUGCCAGAGUGACUGUAACCAGUACGUUUGGGUAGCCGAGCCCUGGAGUGUAUGGAAGGUCAGCAACGUGGACCUGAAGGAGAACUGUGGAGAAGGCGUGCAGACCAGAAAAGUUCGGUGCAUGCUCAACACCAUCGAUGGUCCCUCGGAGGCGGUGGAGGACUACUUGUGCGACCCCGAGGAGAUGCCCUUGGGGGCUCGGGAGAGCCGGCUGCCUUGUCCUGAAGAUUGCGUCCUCAACGACUGGGGUCCUUGGACCCGCUGCAGCCUGCCAUGCGCGAGAAGCAAAGGUCGCAUUCGUACCGCGUACACGCUACGCUCGCCGAGCGCGGGAAGAAUGUGUCCUGACACUGCCGAAGAAGAACCCUGCAACCUCAACCUCAACUGCUUCAACUACUUCUACAACAUCACAGAUUGGAGCACGUGUCAGUUGAGUCCAAGCGCCGUGUGCGGCCAGGGAAUCAAAACACGCAUGCUGGACUGUGUUCGCAGUGACGGUAAAUCGGUGGACAUCAAAUUCUGCGAGGAGUUGAAACUGGAGAAGAAGUGGCAAAUGAACAUCUCCUGCGUGGUGGAGUGUCCAGUCAACUGCCAGCUCUCCGAGUGGUCGCCCUGGUCUGAGUGCUCGCAGACUUGCGGUUUAGAUGGCAAGAUGUGGCGUCAGAGGUCUGUCGUGCAGGCCUCGCAGGGUGACGGUCGUCCGUGUUCUUCGCCGAUGGUGCAGUGGAAGCCGUGUCCGGUGCGGCCGUGCUACCGAUGGCAGUACAGCGCCUGGUCAGAGUGCCGUGUAGAGAGCGUGGUAUGCGGUCACGGCACGCGCUACCGGAACCUCACCUGCUUCGUAUCAGAUGGCAGCGGUGGCGAACGGGACAGUAGCGGCCAAGUGGAUGAAGAGCUAUGCAGCGGUCUGGAACUUUCCGUGGACGGAGACAAGCAAAUCCGACUGAAGGAGGCCUGCAUGCUUCCUUGCCCUGGUGAGUGCUACCUGAUGGAGUGGUCCGACUGGAGCUCCUGCGUCAGCAUCUGCGUCAAAGACGCCGGCGUGGACUUCGGUUCGGUCCGGGUGCGUUCGCGAGCUGUGUUGGCUCAGGAGCCCGAGAACCUGCAGCUGUGUCCUGACCAGGUCUGGGAGUCGCAACCCUGCACAGAAGGGGAAUGUUUUGAGUACAAGUGGCAGAGCAGCUUUUGGCCCAACUCCUCGCGACCGUUCAUCUGGUGUCAGCGCUCUGACGGACUCAACGUCACUGGGGGCUGCCUUCCCGCAACCCCCGUGAUGGACGACAGCACGUGCAACCCGCCAUGCUUCCCUCCAACAUCUUACUGCAGCGAGGCGGGUAUGUGCAUGUGCGAGGAAGGCUACACGGAGAUGCUGUCGACCGGCGGGUUCCUGGACCAGUGCGCCCCCAUCCCCGUCCUGGAGAUCCCCACGGCGGGAGACAAGAAGGGGGACGUCAAGACCAGCCGUGCCAUCAACCCCACUCUGACUACCACCACACAGCCGGGACGCUCGGGGCGCACCUGGUACCUGCAACCCUACGGACCAGAUGGUAAGUUGAAGAUUUGGGUGUACGGCGUGGCUGCGGGAGCUUUCGUGCUGCUGAUCUUCAUCGUGUCUAUGAUCUACCUGGCUUGCAAGAAGCCAAAGCGACCGGAGCGAGCGAGGCAGCAGCAAAACAACCGCCUCAAACCUCUGACGCUGGCCUACGACGGCGACACGGACAUGUAGUCAGAACUGCGCGCCAGACGCUUUUUCCUUCUUUUCUUUUUUUCAAACAGCAUGAAGGCGAGACAGAAAAUCCUCUUAGAGCACGUCUCUGUUUCAAAAAGUGCUCUCCCCGCUCACACUUUUUUUUUCGCCUUCAUGACCUCUGCAAGUGUUGAGUCAAAAUGCCUUUUUUUUUUUCGUCAUCCCGCCCAACCGAGACAUUUUUUUUCCCCACACACUUUUUUUCCGCUGAGCCGCCGCCUGAGGCUUUACGGGAUACGUCGCAUCCUCCGUUGCCAAAAAAAAAAAAAAAAAAAAAGAUGAGGGAUGAAGGAAAGGCAAAUCUCCAUAAAGGGGUUUAGAAUCCCUUCCUCUGCCGAAUCCUCUUGCUCUGGACAAAAGAGGGACGCCACUCUCUCUCUUGCGCUUUUGUGAUUGUUGUUGGAUUGGGGCGGCCGUUGCCAUGGAAACUGCGCCCUUCUUUGUCUCUCUCUCUCUCUCUCUUGCUCUCGUUUUCGGCGCUAAUGUGCACUAUAUUAGUGCAGCACAUGACUGAUGAUGCCAUAAAAGAGGAAUAUUUCGGCAAAAAUAAUGGUCAACACAAACACUUACAAAGGAGCCUCAUGGCCACACUGGGGGGGGGGGAAUUAAAAAAAAAAAAAAAUCCCAAUCUGGUCCUAACACUCCUUUAUAAAUAAUGAUAAAUAUGUAUAUAUUUCUUUUUCAAUAGUAAAAAGGAAAAAAAAAGUACCUUUUGUGGUUUAUUGCGGUCUUCUAAUGUAAUUACGUUUCUUUCCACUUCCCACAUAUAUUUCUCCCUCUUUCAGAAUACAAGAUGUAAGACAUUUUUGCAUUGAAGCAGCCAUUUUGAAGGUCAUUAUGGCUAUUUCCCACGUAUGUUUAUUCAAAAGACAAACUUGACAAUCUUGAAAAAUUCAGCCCCCGAAACUUAGGAGGGUGAAAUAUGUCUAUCGUGAGUCAACCCAGAAACCCCGUUCCAGAAAUUCUGCCAUAUGGCUUCCAAGUAGCCAUUGUAGGAGCAUUUCGGAAAUUUCCAGAAGUCCUUUUAACACAAACUCCUCACAUAGAUUGUGUCAGCUUAUUUGUAGCAUGUAUGGAGGAUGCAAAAUUAGGACAAGUUUUUGUUCUUGGGUGUGUGGAGCUUGGUGGCAAAGUUUGGUGACUCGCCAAAAAACGCCCUGUCUAUUCAUCAGUGCCCCCGAGGGCAUCAAAUGCAAUAACUCCUCACUCCUAAAUCUCUUUUCCAACUUUUCUUUUAUCUGCCUUACUGACGAUCACUUGCAGUUUUUCUACUUGAAAGGGUCCAACUAACAUGCGGUCGCUUACAAAAUGAUCACUAAUGAACACUCGUGUGUUUUUCAUAUAACCUUUAUUAUUUAUGAGGUGGAAAAUAACAAAACAAGGUGGAUGUGAGACAUUGUUUACGCUGGUGGAUUUGUAAAAAAAAGAAACAAAAAAAGAAACUUUUUUUAUUUUCUUGUUUGUCGUGGAGAGAAAAAAUGUUGAAAGGUUCAUGUAAAUUUAUUUUGUAUUACACAAAAAAUGUUUAGUUUGAAUAUUGCAAAAGUGGCUGUAUAAUAUUUUUUGCUGUCCUGAUGCAAAUUCUGUGAUGGGGAAAGGGGGU